AUGAGAGCUCAGCCCAGCCCAAAGACCGGGCUGCUGGUGCUGGUGCUGCAGCUCCUGCUGCUGUCACCAAUCAUAAUCGCAUCAGGCUUUGUUGACGCGGAUAUUUCCGAAUUUGAAGCCAGCACAAGCGCGGACGGCACGACCGGUGCAAUCGGCGCCGACAGCAGCGCGCUCGCGCCGCUGGUUGCGCUUGCCGCACACAGCACCCCGCAGCACGGGCAAAAGCUGUCCCUUUGGGGCCGCCUGCCCCGAGCACAGCAGCAUAGGGCCCAGGAAAAUGUCAGCAUCAGCAGCAACAGCACCAGCAGCAGCGAGCAGGAGCGGCGGCGCCUGCAGCAGGGGCCGUCCGGCGCCGCGGCUGGCAUCCCCGGCCCCGCGGCGACCGCGGUGAUCGACACCUGCGGCGGCGCCGCCGGCAACCCCGACGCCGUUGACGGCGCGGCGGUUGCGGCGAUUGCCGCGCAGCUUCCUGGGGACCCCCAGGUGCAGCUGACCGCCGCCCGCUACAGCGGCGCCUGCCGCGCGCUCGGCCUCGCCGCCUUCUCCCAGGCCAACGCCCUCAGCGCGGUCAUGACCGGCGCGGUCGUCCUCAGCAGCGGCGCCGCCGCGGCCGCGGCCGCGGACUUGAACGCCGGCGGCGGCGCGUCGACGGCGUUCGGGGCGCCGGCGGGGCCGGACAGCGGCUUCCCGCCGGGAAGCUACGAUGCAGCUGUCCUGGAAUUAGACAUCCAGGUGCUGCCCAGCGCCCCCCCAAAUUCCCAGCUGUCCCUCAGCUACAUCUUCGGAUCCGACGAAUUCGACGGCCGCGGCGGCAGCCGGCGCCCGGACCCGAUCGUAUUCCACAUCCGGCCGGUCGGAAGCUCGACAGCCACGAGCCUCGCGCUGCUGCCCGGCGGCGGCAGCCUGCUGGGCGCCGGCGCGCGGCCGCCGCCGCAGGUUGAGUUUUACGACAACGGGCCGAGCGCGGGCGGUGGCGGGUCCCCGCUAGCGACGGCGCUCGAUGGGUUCACCCAGCUGCUGCCCUCCAGCGGCUACCCCGUCCAGGCAGGCGGCGCCUAUACCCUGCGCAUUGGCGUGGCCGACGCGGGGGACCCGAACGUUGACUCGGCCAUCCUUUUGAAAACAGGGUCCCUCGUGCUGACGCCGCCGCCGGUGGUGGACGCUGGGGGCCCUUACAACUCGUUUGCCGGCGGCGACCUGAACCUGGCGGGCACUGCCUCGUCAGCGAUCGCGUUCGUCCCGAUCGUGGCGAGCGUCUGGCGCGUCACGCCCUUGGGAAAGCCGAACCUCGUUGUCGCAAAGGCCGAGGGCCUCGCGCCGACGCUCAAGGCGCCCGGCGCCGGGAGCUACACGGCCGCGCUGACCACGUGGGACGCGCGCGGCGCGACGGCGCGGGCGGCGGCGCGGCUGGAGGUCGCGCCGGCGCUGCCGUCGUCGGCGGGGCCGGGGGGCGGCAUGGUGACCGUGAGCAGCGUCUUCUCAGGGGACCCUGAGGCUGCCGCCGCGGCGCUGUACGCGGCGCCGCCGCCGUCGGCGCGCCCGCGCGCGACGAUCACGCUGCCUAACGGCGGCGUUGUGCGCGCGCGUGCGGGGGAGUCGCCGCUGGUGGCUGUCAGCGGCGCGAGCAGCCUCAACGCGGGCAGCUUCCAGUGGAGCGUCACUCAGACUAAGCCCUACAUGCAGCAGAUCGACCUCGGACUGCCAGCCCAGGGGCAGCCCGCGGAAUUUGAGCAUGAGUUCCCGCCGGGGGAUUACCUUAUCAGCCUGCAAGUCCAAGGUUUUGGCGGCGGCGGCACACACUCGACCCAAAAGCUUCUGUCUGUCCAGGUCAACAGUCCGCCAGACGCCAACGCGGGCGGCCCUUACUCCGCCGCGCCAGGUCAGCCGGUCCAGAUCACCGGCUCCAAGACUGCGGACUCCGACGGCGACCCGAUGACAUUCUCUUGGACGAUCUCAAAGGCGGGAUCCUCGGACGCGCUGGCCGUGUUCAGCGACGCCGCGCCGUCGUUCAGCAUCAGCACGCCGGGCGAUUACCGGGCAGCUUUGGUAGUAAAGGACAGCAUGGGCGGCGAGGGCAGCGCGGCCGCCGACAUUCACAUCGCGUGGCCGAGCCCGCCGCCUCCGCCGCCGUCCCCGCCGCCGCCGCCCCCCCCGCCGUCGCCGCCACCGCCGGCGCCGCCGCCGCCGCCGCCACCAAUGGUGAUGGCGUACCAGCCGGUCGCCGCCCAGGUGCCUGGCGGCUGGACGAUGCCGCCGGCCGCGACUAUCAUCAGGCGCGUCGCGCCGGCGCCGCCGCAGAUGCUGCCCCUCCCGUUCGGUACGACCGCCGCCGGCGGCCCCGACGGCAUGGCCGCGGCCGCAAUCGGGCCGGGCGGCCAGUACAUGCAGCAACCGGCGGCGGGGCAGCAGGCAGUCCGGUCGGGCUACGGACUGGGCGCCUACCAGUCCGGGCUGGGCGGCGUCCCCAUGACCGUCGGCUCCCCUUUGUACAAGCGGCCAGCCUGCUGCCGAGGAUGCCGCGGAUUACGGGGGCACUGA